AUCUUUUUGAACUAUAUAUAUGGACUAAAUAAUAACAUAUAUAAACGUUAUGUUUCGAAAUUGGAUAAAAAAGCUUUCCCGCUGAUCAAGUGCAAUGGCGUUUCUCGAUGAUUUGGAAAAAUUGAUAUACGGUGACGUCAACACAACGGGUGUACCGCAAAUUAAAGAGUUGUUAAAAUUUGCUAACGAAUCAAGAAACGCGUCAUUCCACCGAGAAGAACUUGACGAGGAGGAGUCAAACGUAUGUGGACGGGUAUUUCUAAUACUGGCGUACAGUAUUAUCGUCGCGAUCUCGUUGUUUGGUAAUACAUUGGUAUGUCACGUGGUAUUUAAGAACAAACGCAUGAGGACGGUUACAAACAUAUUUAUCGCAAACCUCGCCGUCUCCGAUCUCCUUCUGACAUGUAUCAAUGUACCUUUUAAUAUUGCUCGCAAUCUCAUGGAAAACUGGCCGUUUGGGAGCGCCAUGUGUCAUAUGAUGAACUUUUCGUUAAUGGUUUCAUCUUAUGUGUCAACAUUCACUCUGCUUGGAAUUGCCCUCGAUCGUCAACAAGUCUUGAUGUACCCUCUUAAUCCCAGGAUAAGCAAACCAAUAGGAAUCGUUGUGAUAACUGUCAUUUGGAUGGUCGCUAUAGGCUUGUCGGUACCAUUUGGAGUUUACAACAAGGUUCAAACUGUUGAUUUCUUCUUCAAGAAAGUAAAAAGAUGCACAUCGGACUUUCCAACCCCACGUGAUAAAUGGGAUAAAUAUUUGACAAUUACUACUUUCCUAUUACAAUUUAUCAUACCUCUGACAGUCAUCGGUAUCACAUAUGGAAGAAUUGCUAGAAAACUCUGGGUUCGAACUCAUGUCGGAGCAGUGACAGAAAACCAACACGUGUCUCAACAAAAAGCCAAACGUAAAAGCAUAAAAAUGUUGAUGGUGGUUGUGGUAGUGUUCGCAUUAUGUUGGAUGCCAUUAAAUUUAUACCAGGUUAUCGCAGAUUUUAAUCCAUAUUACUUUAGUAGUACAUCGUUUUUUAUUUGCCAUUGGAUUGCUAUCAGUUCAACAUGUUACAAUCCGUUCGUUUACUGCUGGCUAAAUGAAGCAUUUCGAGAGGAGGUUAAGUCCCGGUUUAAAUGUUGUUUUCCAAAGUCAAAGCGUGUUCACCCCGGUGUAAUUAUAGACGGUGUGUUGUUCAGAUCAGAUCGUAGUUAUCAAAGACAGAUUUCAAAAAUCCCUUCAACAAACAGAAGGGCUUCAAUUCCAAACCUUCCAAACGCAUUGUACAAACUACACAACGAUAUUUCAACAAAAGAACGAUCCGAUGAGCUUAUUUUAUCACCUGACAAUGGGACUUCAGAAAGCGACGUUUUAAUUAGUGGAGCAACAAUUAGUGGAGCACUUGAGACUGUCCUGGAGUUUCCAGAGCUGUGCAUCGCAGAACACAUUGAACUUUAUAUUACGGAGAAUGGUAAUGAUUCGGACCUAACACCGAUUGCUCAGGAUUAAACGAAAAGUAUGCAUUAUCUUUCAUUUAAAUUUUACUCUUUAUUAUUAUUGCCUGCAAAAUUUCCGAAAGCUGUUUGAUUUAAUGUAUUUUUCAAAGUUCUAAUAGCCAAAGUUUUAAACUUUUAUUUUGGGAAUGUGUAAGAUAAAAUGUAUCUGGAAUCUACAUUAGUACCUUGCCAUUAGUAUAUCAUCAUUUUCUGUUAGAAAGGGAAUUAAUCUUUCUAAAGAACAAUCUUAAGUUCUCAGUGAUCGGACACAUUAUGGUCAUAUUUUAUAAAUUAUAAUUCAAUGUAUAUGUUGAAACUAAUGUGUUGCAAUUAAACUGUCUUGACAAUCAUGUAAUUGAAUCAAAUGAGUAGGUAAUUUAUGCGUAUUUUCUUCUUUUUAUAAACAUUAAGGUGCAUCUACAGCAAUUUAUUUCAUCAUAUUUCUAAAAGGAAGAAUCUAUGAAUAUAAUACAAUGUGUAAUUUUGUCAACUAGCUUAACACGGAAACUAAGGAGACAGAAAAUGAACACACUAUAUAAAGAAUUGUUGUACUCUUCAAAAAACAACAACUUGAAAUGACAUAUUUGUUCCUGUUUGUUUUGCCCUGGACUAUCAGUUUAAUGGAUAUAGAACAUACGUUGUGCAGAAUAACUUUAUAUAUUUUGCAUAUUUGAAAAUACAUACAUAUUGUUAGUGCUAGCUUUAAAGACUUCAUUUACUUCAGACAAUUCAAAUAUAGUUAUAUUUUCAAACAUGUUUUUUUCAUUAAGAGGGUUAUAUAAAAAGUAUUUUGUACGUUAAAGCGGUUUACUUGCAAAAAAUGACGCUGAAUAUUCGUUCCAAGUUUCGGGAAAGCUCAAGAAAUGUAAAUAGAUACUUUGCAUUAUAUUGCUUGAAAUAAAAUAUAUUUUACCUUUAUAUGCAUAUGGUUUGCAAUUAAAUGUUCAUCAUUUGAUUU